CGCACGCACGGUUCCGUAACGGACCCACAACACACUCGCAGCUGACGAACUUUUUGCGUCACGCCGUCGUUGACCCGCCGUCACUGCGCCGGUAGACGCUGCCGCAUUCCGGUACCGUGCUGUACCGGCCCGAGCCCGGAGCCCGAGCCCGGACACUCAGAGCCCGGAGCGAAUCAGUAACGGCUUCUAUAACGGUCCUCUGAGGCUCGUCUCGAGCGCAGCGCGCGGCUUUGGGAGGGAUCAGCGGUUCUGCCCGGUUAAGUCGCGAGAAGCGGAUUAGUUAGAGGGGAGGGGGCGCGAGCAGGUGCAGCUCGUCGCCCUCGUGCCGUUGCCAGUGGAGACCCGCAGUAGCCAGGGCGACCGGACGCACGCGCACGCUCGGAACUCGAAUUUUAACUUUUGUUUUUCCGCGGAGAAAUAACGGCUUUAACGGCUGAGAGAUGAACGGGAGGCAUUCGGGCUGCGAGUUCUAGUUCCUUCAACCAGAGCGUCCUGGCACCAUGUUCUACGGCUCCUCGUCUGCCAGCAUGUCACUGCCCUCUAAGAACCGCCUGAAGCGCCAGAGUCGUACCUUCACUCAGGUUCUGUAUCGGACGCUGAGCUACCGGGACCGCCGCUCCGUCACUGACCUUCCCGAGCAGGUCCGAGACGACCCUGCCGAGCUCUCCACUCAAACAUCUGCACCUGGCGUAUUAAAGAUCUUUGGAGAUGAAAUUAGCGCCGGUGCUAAUUAUAAGAGCGUUUUGGCCACACCCCGUUCCAGCGCUCAAGAACUCAUUAAGGAGGCACUCGAACGCUAUUCACUCAACAAAGCUUCUGCCAGCAACUACGUGCUGUGUGACGUCAUCGGGCGAUUCGAGGGCGCAGAUCGCCGAUGGCGGACUGAAUGUUUGCGAGCUUUGGGCAACAACGAAAAGCCCCUCCUCCUGCAGGAUCUGUGGAAGCCGAAGGAGGGGUUUGCCCGGCGCUUUGAACUAAGGCGAAGGGCGGAGGUGGAGGAACUGGCUGCCAAAGAGAAAGACACCGUGACCGCAGCACCUCACAUGCACUCCCCUGUGUUAUCGUCUACCCUGAGUAGAGGGGGGCAUGGUAGAUGCCACCGGAGCUCCCCCCGGGGCUGGCGUAUGGUACUACCCAGCACUCCGAUUCUUAAAGCUUCCAAAACUCCAAACCCAGAUAUAAAUGCUCAGGCGAGGAAGCUUCAGAGGAACCGCGCUAAAGGAACGAUGACCCUCCAGCAUGGCUCGUCCUUCUGCCGCAGCCUCAGUGAGACCAGCCUUAACUUGGUGGGCCUGCCCGGGGAGGAGCCCAAACGCUACUACUCCACUCUGCCCGGGCCGGUCCGAGCACGCUCCGCGCGAGAGAGUGAAGUGCGCAAGGAACGGGACGGAGGCGGAGUCAAGCACUCCCUCUACCACUCACCUCAUCUUCUGCUUCUGCAAGGCUACAAUCGACAGGACUGCCUUGUAUACCUGCUAAACAGAGAGCAGCACACAGUCGGUCAAGAGACGGCAUCCGCACGACCAAACAUCUGCCUGUCCUCUCCAGAUAUCCUGCCGCUUCACUGCCGCAUCCGCCGCGCUCCGCCCCGACGCUCCUCCUCCUCUUCCUCGGACCCGCGGCUACUCCUGGAGCCGGUUGCUCAUGGCAAUGUGUUGGUCAACUUUACUCGCAUAGAGCGUCCCACGCCACUCCGGCACGGAGACUUGCUUUCCUUUGGUGCUCAUUACAUCUUCCUGUACAAGGACCCACUGAGUGCAAAACCACUUCCUGCCCAGACCCUCACCAGACUGCAAGCUCUCGCGAGACUCUAUGACAGUGAAUCAGGGGGUGAAAAGGGGGAGGCAUGUCGUUUGUGUGGGAAUGUCUUGCGGGAGCCCAUCGGGUCAUCCCGGCGCAACUCCAAGGCUCCGCUGCGUAACACGCAGAAGCGGAAGCUGGCUCUGGAGUUUGAGCGGGCUCACGAGGAUGCACUGGUGAACCGGGUGAUCACGCUAAUCGAGCCAAGCGGAGAUGACCACAAGCUGACUCCAGCCUACCUGCUCUGCCUAUGCAUCAAACACUCCGCUAACACAUUCCCACCGGGCAGCUUUGGGAAGCUGCUGCUAAAAAUCGCCAAGAAGAUUCAGACCAUUGCAUGGGAGAAGACAAAGGAAUUGGCACAGAAGCAAGCUCAGCAUCAGGACCCAGCCUCGCUGUCUCUGCUCAGCAUCUCUGACCUUGUGCCAGACCUUCAGUUCAUUUUCUUCUGGAUGUCAAAUGCCAUUGAGAUCCUGUACUUUAUCCAGCAGAAAUCUCCUUCAUACAUGCAGAGCAUUGAGAUGAUGGACAACAAAGCUGGAUCGAAAGAAUCUCUCCUCUCUGCAACAAUAUCAGCCAAUGAGGAAGCCAUGACUGUUCUGGAGGAGGUGAUCAUGUACACUUUUCAGCAGUGUGUCUAUUACAUCACUAAGUCCUUGUAUGUGGUUUUGCCAGCCCUGCUGGACUGCAACCCAUUCGGAGGCGACUCAUCCUCGGAGCCAUGCCGGCGGGCUGCGGGGGUCUGUGUCUGCACCGUGUGUGUGAUGCCAGAGGCAGUGAGGAGGGUGGUGAGCGUCUUCCAGACCACCGCUGACCUCUUGCAGCAGUACCAGGUCCAUGCGGAGAUCCAGAGCCAGAUGUUCGCUUACCUCUUCUUCUUCACCAAUGCCUCCCUCUUCAACCUUUUAAUCGAUAAAGGUCCUGGGAGGGGCUGGUUCCAGCGUUCCCGAGUCCUGCAGAUCCAGGCAUGUGUGCGGAUGCUUCUGGACUGGGCUAAAGGAGCUGGACGGGCUCAGCUUGCCCAGAAGUUUUACGCCAAGCUGUGCAGCACCGUCACCAUCCUCGCCACGCCCGUACAGCAGCUCUCACAGACGAGUUGGAAAGUGUUGUGUGCGGAGCACCCCACUCUGAAACCAGUCCAGCUCCACAGAAUUCUUACACAAUACCAGCUCAUUGCUGAGGUGGGACAUCUCCCAAUGUGGCAACCAAGCAGUGAAGAUGAAGCCUACAUCUACAGAACAGUGGAUCUGCUGGAAAGCUUUGAGAACCACCCUCCUAUAGUGUUACCCAGCGCUGGCUUUAAGGUGGACCUGGAGAGUGACAGUGUGGAGGACAGUAUCUACAGACAGCUACUCUACAUCAGGCACUUCCUGUGGGGUCUCCGCUCCAAGACACAUCCAGCCAAUGGCAGUGCAGACAGACAGGAAAUCCAGCGCGACCAUCUUCAGGCCCACAGCAGCCCCCGCCCUGGUGCACCCCAGCGAGGAGAGGGAGAGGGCGAGGUGCGAGACUGCUCCGGGACCCUCGGUGGACGAGGAGAGGGGGCAGGAGCAGAAGACAGACCUUUAGACAGACCACCACACAGCACUCACUACAGAAAUGGGACCGCCAUGCGCCACAGCAGCCAGACCCACGGUCCAGAGUCUUCCUGUCUGCUAACUCCCCCGAACACACCUCUCUACCCAGAGCUCGCACACUCGCACACUGGCACACAGUCUGCCGUACCUCUUUACCCCGAACACACACACUCACGCAUUCACACACAGGCCAACGGAUGCGUGCGCUCCACCCCCGAGCACAAGAAGAUCAAUGGAUUCAUCAGUAAUGGCAUUGAAGGCCCUCUGAGUGGUUGUGGCUUACCUUUCCCCGUCCCUCUGCCCCAUACCCUGGGCCCCAACUCUGACGCUAUCUGUUCCGUCUUUGUAGUGGACCUGGACAAAGGACCUUAUGGCCUUGGCAUGGGACUUAUCGAUGGACUUCACACCCCUCUGAACUCACCUGGAAUCUACAUCCGCACACUGAUCCCUGAUGGGCCAGCUGCUUCAGAUGGCCGCUUGCAUAUUGGAGACCGAAUCCUGGCCGUGAACGGAACCAGUCUCAUUGGAGCCGAUUACCAGAGUGCUGUAGAUUUGAUCAGACUGGGUGGAGGACGGCUCCGGUUUCUUGUUGCUAAGUCAGAUCCUGAAGUGUCGGAGAAGAUCAGUGCCUCUUCCUGCUGAGACUGGGGGUGGGAGGAGAGAGGGAGGCUGCAGGUUUGGUUCUCCACUCUGACAACAUGAGAAACUAGAAGCCCUCUCGGUGUUUGGGGGAACGUGUAUAAGCACAUCUUAAGACACUCAGCGACUACUCUCCUUAACCUCCUAUUGCACUCAGAGGAGAGCCUUAGCACAGCAAGACUCUUCAACGUGCUCAGAAACUCAGACCUUUUCUCUCUCUGCCUCAUUCGCAUCUUGGGGCAGUUUCCCAGAAAAGAGAUUUUGAAAAAAGAAGAGUUUGAGGUCAUCGCUGCCAUAUCAAAACUUUCUAUUCCAUAUCAAAAUUUUCUAUUUCUAUCUGUCUGUUGUUUAUUUUUUGCUUCUUUCAGUAUUAUUAUUAUUAUUAUUAUUAUUAUUAUUAUUUUAAACAAUUUAAAAACACCAGCUGCUCUUUGUAUUGUGUGAACUUAUCAUGAUGAAUGGGUCAGUUGAAAUGGUCCAGAUACAAUCUUUAGGUUCAUUCAGGUUCAAAACAUAUUUCCAUCUUAUAUAAAGCAACCAUGCGAGAUGCAAAGUUUUGUUAUGGCAGCGAUGAUAUGCUGCAUCAGGCUACGCAAGUUGGAAGUAAAAAUGCAAAUAAAAAUGAAGAGAUUUCAUAACAAAUUUCAGAGAUUUGGAGAUGAAUGUUUUGUUCAGCUUUUUUUUGCUAUAAGCUUGAAAUUAAAUAUACAAAAUAAGAAAAAUUGUAAAUUUAGUCCAAAUUAAAAUGUGCCGUUAAUAGAGAAUUACAUUGAUUUUUCAAACUGUCCGUUCAGUUGUUGAGAUGUAAAUAAAGUCACUUGGAGUGGUUUGAUAAGCUCCGGUGGUGGUGAUAGGAACCAUAUGUUCACCUCUAAAAGCUCCCUCACAGAAAAUUAUUCUAAGAAAUGGUUAUGAAUGCACUGCCCAGUGACUGAGACACUUUUACAGAAAGAUUUUUGGCUAAAACUUUUUUUGAUUUUAUUUUUAACAUUCAUGGAAAGGUACAUGCAUUACGUUGUGAUAAAAGGCAGAAGUUUUUGGGUUUUUUUUUCCAGAUUUAACCACAAUUUUACCAUAAUUAGUAUUACAUAUAAAAAUUGAGGCACAUGUAGUUUCACUAGUGGUUUUGGAUCAUAAAUAUAAUGCCUGUAUUUGCAUCGUAAACAUUGGAACACCUCGUUCCUGUCACCAGUAUUAAGUUGCUAAGUUUCUCUAGAGUGACCCAUUUCACAUCAAACCACUCUAAACUUUGUUUACAUCUCAACCAUUGAAAUAUAUGAAAUUUUUGAAAAAAAACAGUGAAAUUCCAGUUUAAUAACGAGUCUUUGACAGCCUUGCUAAAAAGACACAAUGUAUCUUGUUUACAGUAUCUAUCAUACAUGUCUGGAAAAAGAGCUUUUGCUUGGUAAAAUUGUUGAAUGUUCCUGAUCAAUGAAGUUACCUCUACAUGAACUCCACAGCUAAAUGAAUGGUAAACCGCUAAAUGAAUAGUAAAAUAACGUAGACCAAAUGGGCUACAAUGUUCAGUUUCAUUUUUGUAUUUAUUAUGUCUCUUCUUAUUUGGCCAUCAGUUGCACUGGUUGAUGUCAAAAUAUCCAGUCUUAUCUCUGGCCCUACCAUCUCUUUUUUCUUUUUUAAUUCUUUCAUCUCAACGAUCAUCUCUUUCUUGCACACUUCCAUCUUUCUUGCUGUCUUAUAAUAGUACAUUUCCCAUGUUAGUAAACUCAAUUCCAAAAAGUUGACAGCAGAUAAAAUGCAAAUAAAAAACCAUUUGUAAACUUU